AUGGAAGGUCUUAGUCCCUUGGAGUCGCCCUCAGGAAUGCCUUCUCCUCCUGAUAACUUUGUAUGGAAUCUGACCUGGACAAUGAAAGACUCUUUCCCUUUCCUGUCCCACCGCAGCCGAUAUGGUCUGGAGUGCAGCUUUGACUUCCCCUGUGAACUGGAGUAUUCCCCUCCCCUCCACAACCAUGGGAACCAGAGCUGGUCCUGGCGCCGUGUACCCUCUGAGGAGGCCUCGCAGAUGGACUUGUUGAAUGGGCCAGAGGCAGAGCAUUCUAAGGCGACGCCCAGAGGAGAUGUGGCCCAGAUUUGGGAUGAAUCUUCCAACAUCAAAUGA